AUGGAAAGAUCGAGAAAAGAAAAUUCUUCUGAUAGCUUACCAGGACACAUCCUACUGACUAAGAAUCGUGGGAAUGUUCAGGCUUCCUCAACCGAAGAGGAGGAUUAUCUAAAAAUGAUCACAGGAUCUAUUGACGAAGAGACCGCUUAUUGGGGUACACCAUACGAGGCUAGGAUAGAGAAAGAGAACAAAACGUCGUGA